AAACAUUUGAAGCUUUCCAAGCUUCUUUCUCUCUUAAACCGCUUACAAUUCAACCCAACUCAACUACAUCUCAACUACAUCUCAAGCUAUACAUACGCAUUAUGUCCUUGGAAAUAUCCAAAGUAGGCUUAUUAUAAUUAUAUGCGUGUGUAACUAGUAGAUCUAUUUCUCCGCCUCACAUCUUGCUUCGUAUCGUAUCGUAUCGUAUCGUAUCGUAUCGUAUCGUAUCGUAUCGUAUCGUAUCGUAUCGUAUCGUAUCGUAUCGCGUAUCGUGCCGAGUAUCGAUCGAUCGAUAUGGCGGACGCUCCACCAUCAGACCAAACCAGGCAUGAGGCCCAAGUUGUCUCCGAACACCUACCAUCUGGGUACUCGGCUGCAUUUGACGGGGAAUUAAUCAAUGCUUCUUCUGCUGCAUCAUCGUCUAGUCCCGAUAUAACAGAAAAUGUCCCCGCCGAAUCUUCGCUGAAACUCCAAGGAGGUGACAUUCACCGUGACCUCUUCAAGACAGCUGCUCGAGUAAAGAUGCACAAGCGAGCAGCAACUUUUCACCAUCCCCAAGAUAUCAUGGGAGGCACCGAUGCCGAUGGACUAACCGUAAGCGACCAAUUGGCCCCGGGAGGGUUCCGCAGAGCUUUUAUACAGCAAAGACUCCAGCGGAAAAUAUGGGCCGCUAGGAACCCCAUCACCAGAAAUUUCGUCGAGUUUUUGGAGUUAUAUGGGAGCUUUGCUGGUGAGGAUCUCGCUGAUUCUGACGAUGAAGCAGUCGCUUCUUCCGAGGAGGGGGAUGACGAUGACGAACGGGCUCGUGAAACUAGACCACUCCUCGGACGUCGUAAGAGCUCACGAGGACUGCGUUCUGCCACUGCUAACACCAAGCAAACCUUCUUCACCUUACUGAAGGCUUUCAUCGGAACCGGAAUCAUGUUUCUCCCAAAAGCCUUCAAGAAUGGCGGCAUCUUAUUUUCAUCUAUCACUAUGUUGGUCGUGGCGGCAGUCACCAUGUUAGCAUUUCAUCUGCUUCUUGCUUGUAAGUCACGGCAUGGUGGUGGUUAUGGAGAUAUCGGCCAGGCCAUCGCAGGGGACCGAAUGCGCGGGCUCAUUUUAAGCUCCAUUACUUUAUCGCAAUUGGGCUUUGUAUGUGCAGGCAUAGUGUUCGUGGCUGAGAACAUGACAUCCUUUCUCCAAGCCCUUGCCCAUGGUGAUAGUCCCCUAUCUCCUACGACCCUCAUUCUCAUACAGCUCAUCGUCUUGAUUCCCCUCUCUUUUAUCCGGAAUAUCGCAAAACUUGGUCCGGUGGCGCUACUCGCGGAUUCUUGCAUCCUACUCGGUGUAACCUAUAUCUACUAUUUUGACAUUGCCCACCUCGCAGCGAAUGGCAUCCACGAGAGUGUCGUCCUCUUCAACCCGGCCAAGUAUACCUUGACUAUUGGUGCAGCUAUCUUCACAUUCGAAGGCAUCGGCCUCAUUCUCCCGAUCCAAUCCUCUAUGGCGAAGCCAGAACGGUUCGAGUGGCUUCUCGCCGUGGUUAUGCUCAUGAUCACAGUCCUAUUCACUGCUGUCGGUGUUCUCUGCUAUGCCACAUUCGGCGUAAACACCUCGAUAGAGAUUAUCAACAAUUACCCGCAAGACAGCAAAUUCGUCAACGCCGUGCAAUUCCUCUACUCGCUUGCAGUCCUCGUCGGAACCCCCGUCCAGAUGUUCCCUGCCAUUCGUAUCAUCGAGGGCAAGGUUUUCGGAAGCCACUCGGGUAAAAAGAGCACUCGCACGAAGUGGAUCAAGAAUGCUUUCAGGACAUUGAUAGUCAUACUCUGCGGUGCUAUUUCCAUCGUCGGCGCCUCCAACCUCGACCGCUUCGUCGCUUUGAUCGGGUCUUUUGCCUGUGUUCCCUUGGUCUACAUCUACCCGGCAUACCUACACUACAAGGGCGUCGCAACUUCGUGGCAGGCAAAAGCGGGUGAUCUAGUGUUCAUGGGGCUCGGAAUCAUCGCCAUGGUUUAUACAACAAUCGUCACUGUCAUCAACAGCUUUAUGUGAAUUUAAAUAGUUCAGCGCAUUUGGCGGUCUACAUACAUACCUACAGACUACCCAUUCAAUUUUUCCCCCCCUUUCCCCCUCUUUGGAAAUAGGGGGGUUAGAGCGGUUGCAAGCGAAUACAAUACAAUACCUACAUACUAAUAAAUAAAUAAAUAAGAUGAGAUUGGACAUUGCAUACAUAGGUACUUCUCUUUUCAAUACGGAAUGGAACGAAGUCGGAGUUUAGGUAUUAUCUGGGUAUGUAGCGGGUUGAAUACGAAUAACAUUAUAUACAGUACCUACCUAAUAAACCAAUACCUACAUGUA